AUGGAGGUAAAAGACGCCACAAAGGGUAGUUCCUCGAGUGGCUUCCUUUUUUGGAAGUAUCAUAUCCUAAUCGGUAAAUUAUAUUCCGUUUUGAGAAGACUCAAUCAAAAAAAAUUUGAUGAUCAUCAAAGACGAAACCAAACUUUCUUUCAGUCAUUUCCCACAACCUAUAGUCAUGCUGCUUCGACAGAUCCUACUUAUCAGCUCAAACAUUUAGUACAAGUGUGCCACAGGUACAUGCUAAGGAGCCUGAUUCAGAUCCCAAGACCACUGUUUUCGUUUCCAGCACGUUCAUUUUACCCAGGACAUACUUUCAGAGCUAGAAAUACGCUAGGUCAACGCCUGUACAGUUCAAAAAUUAGAGCUAUGAGUACCGACCAACAACUGCCUUUGGUUGACCCCAAGACGGGGGAAAUCAUCAUCAAUCCUUUGAAGGAAGAUGGUAGCGAGAAGAGCGCCAAAGAGAUCGAAAAGGAGCGCAAGAAAGCGGAGAAAUUGCUAAAAUUUGCCGCGAAACAAGCCAAGAAAACCGAGGCAGCCAGCAAGCAGAGCAGUGCGCCCAAGAAGGAAAAGAAAAAGAAGGAAGUGGAAGUCAUUCCAGACUUCGUUGACAAAACCGUUCCAGGCGAAAAAAAGAUUCUGGUGUCGCUUGACGACCCAGCUUUGAAGGCAUACAACCCCAUUAACGUCGAAAGCUCUUGGUACGACUGGUGGGUCAAGUCCGGGUUCUUCGAGCCUGAGUUCACCAAAGAUGGUCAAAUCAAGCCAGAGGGCGUUUUUAGCAUUCCAGCUCCUCCACCUAAUGUCACCGGUGCUCUCCACAUUGGACACGGUCUCACCAUCGCAAUUCAAGACUCUUUGAUCAGAUACAACAGAAUGAAGGGCAAAACCGUGUUGUUCUUGCCAGGUUUUGACCACGCAGGUAUCGCAACACAAUCAGUUGUCGAAAAGCAGGUGUGGGCCAAGGAACAGAAAACCAGGCACGAUUACGGCAGAGAGGCCUUUGUCGGCAAAAUUUGGGAGUGGAAAGAGGAAUACCACAAAAAAAUCAAGAACCAGAUCAACAAAUUGGGAUCAUCCUAUGACUGGUCGCGUGAAGCUUUCACCUUGAGUCCCGAAUUGACCAAGUCGGUAACAGAGGCUUUCGUCAAACUGCAUGAAGAAGGUGUCAUUUACCGUGCUUCAAGAUUGGUCAACUGGUCCGUCAAGCUGAAUACUGCUAUUUCAAACUUGGAAGUGGAGAAUAAGGACAUCAAAGCAAAGACCAUGCUGUCAGUUCCCGGCUAUGACGAAAAAGUUGAAUUCGGUGUUUUGACGUCGUUUGCAUACCCUGUCGUGGACUCAGAAGAAAAAUUGAUCGUUGCCACUACCAGACCCGAGACAAUCUUUGGUGACACUGGUGUCGCGGUUCACCCAGAAGAUCCUCGCUACAAGCAUCUGCACGGAAAGUUCGUUCAGCAUCCUUUUGUUGACAGAAAGAUUCCAAUUGUGUGUGACAGCGAAGCUGUAGACAUGACUUUCGGUACCGGUGCUGUUAAGAUCACACCAGCUCAUGACCAGAAUGAUUACAACACUGGUAAGCGUCACAACCUGGAGUUCAUCAAUAUUUUGACUGAUUCAGGUUUAUUGAACGAAGAGUGUGGUUCGGAAUGGACCGGAAUGAAGAGAUUUGAUGCCAGAUCGAAGGUCAUUGAAUCUUUGAAAGCAAAAGGUCUAUACAUUGGACAAGAAGACAAUGAAAUGACUAUUCCAACAUGUUCUAGAUCUGGUGAUGUUAUUGAGCCCUUGUUGAAACCACAAUGGUGGGUUUCUCAAAGCGACAUGGCAAAGGAAGCCAUCAAGGCUGUCAAAGACGGCAGAAUUACAAUCACUCCCAAGUCCUCGGAGUCCGAAUACUUUCACUGGCUCGAGAACAUCCAGGAUUGGUGUAUUUCGAGACAGCUUUGGUGGGGUCACCGUUGUCCUGUUUACUUCGUUGAGAUUGAAGGUGAAGAACAUGAUGGUCUGGACGAUGAGUAUUGGAUCUCGGGUAGAACUCUUGAAGAGGCUGAAGAAAAGGCUGCUAAGAAGUUCCCUAACGUGAAAUACACUUUGAAGCAGGAUGAAGACGUUCUAGACACAUGGUUUUCGUCUGGUCUAUGGCCAUUUUCCACUCUAGGCUGGCCAGAUAAGACCGCUGACCUAUCGAAGUUUUACCCUUUCUCUAUGCUAGAAACUGGUUGGGACAUCCUCUUUUUCUGGGUUUCUAGAAUGAUUUUGCUAGGCUUGAAAUUGACGGGCGAAAUCCCAUUCAAAGAAGUUUUCUGUCAUUCUCUGGUCCGCGACGCUCAAGGUCGUAAAAUGUCGAAAUCUCUGGGUAACGUUAUUGAUCCUCUUGACGUUGUCACAGGUAUCAAAUUGGAGGACUUGCACGCUAAGCUACUCUCCGGUAACCUAGAUCCAAGAGAGAUCGAAAAGGCAAAGAAUGGUCAAAGGGAGUCUUAUCCAAAUGGUAUUCCUCAGUGUGGUACUGAUGCGCUCAGAUUUGCCCUCUGUGCUUACACCACUGGUGGUCGUGAUAUUAACCUCGACAUCAUGCGUGUUGAAGGCUACAGAAAGUUCUGCAACAAGAUAUACCAAGCUACUAAAUUUGCUUUAAUUCGUCUAGGUGAUGACUAUCAACCACCAGCUGAGGAGAAACUUUCCGGACAGGAAUCCUUGGUUGAGAAAUGGAUUCUCAACAAGAUGACUCACUACGCUAAAUCUGUGAACGAGGCUCUUGAGAAGCGCGAUUUCCUCAAUUCUACAAGUGGUAUCUACGAAUUCUGGUAUUUGAUUUGUGAUGUUUACAUUGAAAACUCCAAAUACCUGAUAACUGAAGGUACCGAAUUGGAACAGAAAUCUGCCAAGGAUACACUUUACACUUUGAUCGACAAUGCUUUGAAGCUAAUCCACCCAUUCAUGCCUUUCAUCUCCGAGGAAAUGUGGCAGCGUCUACCAAAACGUGCUUCUGAGACUUCUCCUACCAUCGUGAAGGCGUCCUACCCAGUUUACAGAAAGGACUACGACAACGAGAAAGCUGGUAGAGAAUACGAGCUGAUUUUGGAUGCAAUCAAAGAAGCGCGUUCGCUCCUAGCCCAGUACGGAAUCUUGAAGAACGGUAAGGUAUUCAUCGAAUCUUCCAAUGUCGAGUUUUUGGAAACAGCUCUUCAGCAAAAGGAUUCUAUCGUUUCUCUGAUUAAGGCUAUUGAUGAAGUCAAUGUUGUCAAGACUUCUUCUGAAAUCCCUGAGGGUGCUGUUUUGCAAGCUGUUACUCCUGAGAUCAAUGUCCAUGUCCUGGUAAAAGGUCAUGUAGACAUCGAUGCCGAGAUUCUGAAGACCCAAGGCAAGCUUGAAAAAGCUCAGAAGGCUAAGGAAAACAUCAACAAGACCAUAAACAGCUCUGAUUACGAAGCAAAGGCCAAUGAACAAGCAAAGGCCACCAACAACACGAGACUUCAGAACACUCUAGCUGAAAUUGAAGGUUUCGAAGCCACUAUUGCCAACCUCGAGCGUUUGAAAUUAUAG